UAUCACUGCAUGCUGCGUGUUCGAACCGCGAGGCGCCCCUGCCUUCACCAUGUACGGAGCACUCCUCAUUGUAGCGAUCAUCGUGAUCAUCGCACUCUCCGUCUCCGUCUACCAAAAGACCACCAACGCAAUAUGUCUGUCCAGAAGACGACUAGAAGGCAAGACUGUCAUAGUGACCGGAGGAACAGCGGGCAUGGGUCUAGUGAUAGCCACUGAUCUAGCGCAUAGAGGAGCCAGGACCAUCAUCGCCUGCCCAUUCGAAGAAGAAGGAACAAACGCGAGGAAACAAAUCAUACAAGAGACUGGCAACCAGAAUGUGGUGUUCAAACUCCUUGACUUAGCUUCUCUGCAGUCCGUCAGAGGAUUCGCGUCAGACAUCUUGAAGACAGAAGACAGGCUAGACAUCCUAUUGAACAAUGCUGGAGUUGGUAUUCCUGGAGAUUUCCUCACGAAGGACCUAAUAAACUUUAUUAUGCAAGUGAACUAUUACGGAACAUUCCUCCUGACACUCCUACUGCUGCCUCUCCUAAAGAAGACAGGCAAGCCUGGCGAGGCGAGCAGAAUCAUCACGACUGCAUCUGUCCUGCAUAAGUUAGGGGUCGUAGACAUCAACAAUAUAUACAAGGCGAAUCAAUACUGGUCCAAAUUACGUAUUUAUGGAAACAGCAAGAUAUGCCUCGUGUUGUUUGCAAAUGAACUGACGAAGAGGUUGAAAGGUUCCAACGUUGUGAUCAAUAAUGUCGAUCCUGGAGCAGUGGGUACGAGGAUAUUUGACUCUGCAAACAUAGUUGUUGGAUCAAUUCUUACAUUAAUAUGCCUGAUGUUCUACAAGAACCCGUGGCAAGGUGCGCAGACGGCCCUGCACGCCGCUCUGGACACGAAGGCGGGAGAGGUCAGCGGACAGUACUUCAAGAAUUGUGAAAUAAACAGAGCUGUGAGUCGUGCGUAUUGUGAUAAGACUGCUAAAGCUCUCUGGGAAGAGUCUGUGAGAUUAGUGAAGUUAACUGAUGAGGAAUUGGAACAGUGCUUUACGUCAUUAUAACUUAUUGUCGUAAUAUCUUGUUCAUGUUUAUGUACGUCAUAAAUACAAAACACAUGAGCUUAAACAUUACGUUUAUUAAUAUAGCAGUUGACUCAUAGGUUUAUUUGUGUAAGAGAGUAUUAAUGAUGUAAUGAUGUUUAUCGACAUAUUACGUGUUAUCAACAGUCAACAUAGAACUAUAAGUCAAUAAAAGUUGUUAAAAGAAUUGGGUUAGAGUAAGUAGAAUUACAUAAUGUUUUAUGUUUCAAUUAACAACCAAAUGAUUUAAUAAUAUUAUUCUUGUCUUUCAAAUGUUCCUACAGUGAGAUAAUGUAAGAUGAAAUUACGAUGCUUUAGUUACUUAUUAUAAAGGGAAUUUAAGUUUUAUAGUUGUUUAUUAAGUUGUAUAAUGCAUUGCUAGUUAUCAAUGCUAGUUGGAGUCGAACAACACAAGCUUGUGCCGUUUCGCC